AUGGCCCCCGCCCGCCGCCCCGCCGGGGCCCGCCUGCUGCUCGUCUGUGCCGGCCUGCUGGCCGCCGCCGCGGGCCUCGUCUCCCCGGAGCCCGGCGAGCCCGCGGACAGCGGCGGCCGCCAGGAGCCGGGCCCCGGGAACGAGCUGCCCGCGGGCCCCGGGGAGAGCCGCGCCGGGCCGCCCGCCCGCCCGUCGGAGCCCACCGCCGAGGGAGCACGUAACUUUGACCCCAGGGAUGCCUGGAUGCUCUUCAUCAGGCAGAGUGACAAAGGUGUCAACGGCAAGAGGGGAGGCAGAGGCAAGGCCAGGAAGCUGAAGCUUGGUCUGCCGGGGCCCCCAGGGCCCCCCGGCCCCCAGGGCCCCCCUGGCCCCAUCGUCCCUCCUGAGGUCCUGCUGAAGGAGUUCCAGCUGCUGCUGAAAGGCGCGGUGCGGCAGCGCGAGCGCACGGAGCCCGAGCCCUGCACGCGCGGCCCCGCCGACGGCACGGCCGCCGUCCGGGAGAACGAGGAGGCGGCGGCGGGGGACACGGGCGUGCUGGCGCUUUUGGCGGCGCCCCUGGCCCCGGGCCCGCGGGCGCCGCGCGUCGAGGCUGCCUUCCACGGCCGCCUGCGCCGGGACGCGUCGGUGGAGCGACGCGCCCUGCACGAGCUGGGCGGCUACUACCUGCCCGACGCCGAGGGCGCCUUCCGCCGCGGCCCCGGCCUGAACCUGACCAGCGGCCAGUACACGGCGCCAGUCGCCGGCUUCUACGCGCUCGCCGCCACGCUGCACGCGGCGCUCGACGAGCAGCCCAGGCGGGGGCCGCCGCGCCCCCGGGACCGCCUGCGCCUGCUCAUCUGCAUCCAGUCCCGGUGCCAGCGGAACGCCUCCCUGGAGGCUGUCAUGGGCCUGGAGGGCAGCAGUGAGCUCUUCACCAUCUCGGUCAAUGGUGUUCUGUACCUGCAGACGGGGCAGUACACCUCUGUCUUCCUGGACAACGCCAGUGGCUCUGCCCUCACGGUGCACAGUGGCUCCCACUUCAGCGCGGUCCUCCUUGGCGUGUGAGCGGCCACACCGCGCCCUUCGUUUCGCCCGGUGAACAGAAGUGGGGUCCGAACAGUCUCUGGGCGGUGUUGGGGUGGCGGAGGCCACAUGCAGGACGAAGCCCACUGGAGCCGCCCGCACUGGCCACUGCAGGUCAGCCCGGAGGUGGCCGACUACCGGCAGCCCAGGGAGGGGACAUGCAAACGGGCAGUCCCAGAACCAGGAGGGAUUUCAGGGUGCCGUCUUUCAAAAGGAGAAGAGCCCUGUUGGGCUGUUAUUCAGCCCAUGUUUCUAGCGGGGCUUAGUGCCCAGGAGGACUUGCUUUUGUUCCUGGUCGCAGACCGGUUCCUCUUCUGGUCCAGAGGGCAGCUUGCCCAGAUGGCCUCAGCCUCUUUGCCUUGGCCCAGUCCCACCUUUUCCAUUUUUUUUUAGUGUUUUUGUGGGCUGCCGGAACGCCAGCACGGAGGGCAAAGGCUGGUCACCUGCCUGGAUGCCCUGCGGAGAGGAGGGGCAGCCUGCACCGGGCCAGAGGGCCUCCCAGGAAAAGCGUGCUGGGCCUGCACAGCAGCCUCCCCGUCCCUCCCCUCGUCUCCACCCGGGGCUUCCUGCUCCCCACCUGCCUCUCCCCACCGGUGCCUUUGGCCUGGACCUCCUGCAGUGACCACAGGACUCAGAGAGUCUCAUGGCCCCUUGGCACAGCAGCCUCGGGCACCAGAGUGACACUGGAAAGGGGCUUAUGGGGGGACAGUGAGAGUCUAACAUGUGCAGGAGAACGCGUAAGUUCACCCUGCAGAUGGCCUUUGCAGAGCGUCGUGUGGUCCCCCCUCCGCUGUAAAGCCUGUCCUAGACAGGUCCCUCUUCCCAUCUCCUAGGAGGCUCUGACUCACCGUUGGGAUCCAGCCACCAAACAAAAGAUCUAGAACAUCUUUGCAGAUUAGAGACGAGCAGGCCCUGCCCAUCCAUCUGAACAGAUAAAGCAGAGGCUUCCCAGGAGCCAACAGCUCCGCUGCCCACCUGUGGCCCCGCAGGGUCCAGCUGGCUCUGCGGUUCUUCCAUGUGUCUUCCCCCUGGGGAGACAGGUGGCCCUGAGCUCAGGUGGGGAAAAGACAGAUGGAGAUGGUGCCCAGAAGGCUGGUCUUGGUUCCCCAAGACCUGGGU